CAGUUUUUCACGUGAAUGUUUUGAGAAAUGAAAAGCUGGCUUAACUUGGAAAUUGCUCAGACUCUUCAAGAAACACGAGAAGACAUGUUAUCUUGUAAACCUAGAGGCCGAACUAAAGCGUCUUUAAUAAAAAAAAUUCUUAUUGGCUCUUUUAUAUUUUUAGCUUUUAUGCACAUUUAUGCAUUUCCUAAAUUCACUCAAUCUUACGGCGAUCCUUGCUAUCUAAAUAAAGCCAAAUUUAAUGCCUUAACUCACAUCCUUCACUCUACUGUAGCUGUUCUACAAAAACGAAAUGAAACCUAUUGGCUAGACUAUGGAAGCUUAAUGGGAUUUUAUAGAGCACGUGGUGUAAUGCGUUAUGACUCAGAUAUUGAUAUGGGUCGAUUAAUUCACAGUGACCCAGAGAAAGAGAAACAUUUUUAUAAAGUAUUUGUUGAAGAUAUGAAGAAGCAUCAUGUUGAUGUAAUAAAAAAUGGAACAAUGCUCCGUCGUCGAGCGGAAGAUGGUGAUUAUGUAUUUGGUGAUCUCAUGGUAUGGAGAAGAUCCACGAUUACUCAAGAUGAUAAAAAAAUUUCAGUUUUAACCAGAAGAGAUCCUAAAUGGAAAGAAUCAAUGAUGUUAAAAGUUGCAAAGUCCAUGGGGGCUGGAGAUAUACCUGAAAAAUGGGUCCUUCCACCUAGGCCUCAGGUGUUAUCCAGUGGUCAAAUUGUGCACGUCCCUAGAAACUAUGAAAGAGUUAUUCGUUUUAGAUAUCCAUUUUCGUGGAGAAUACCCUUUCCAUAUAAAUGGAAAUGUUGGCUUCCGUGGAAUUAUCCUGAAUCUUAA